CUUAACGUGGGUUCCUUGUUGGAGCAGAGAUCAGAAGAUAGAGCCACUGCUUUGAGUCACGGCUCCAAGCUGUGAGGCAUCAAGGGAAUGGGUCAAGGCCAUCCUACUCUCCUGGCAUUUAAAUGGUAACAACUGUACCAGUUACUCAGCUGUGCUUAAGACAACAACAUCCAGGCACCUUCCAUCUUGGGCUUCUCCAUCAGGGACUGCAGCAUAGGAAUUAACCGCAGCGUACGCCGACGAAAGAAUUGUUUACAUAAAUAAAUUCCAGUGGCAAUAUUCAGCAUCAUCAGUGGGGCGUGUGCAUGAGGACGGAGACUGAACUGGUAUCAGUCGCUGACUACUGCGGAUAUCCUAGAACGGUGCCCGGCAAAUCUUCUGCCCUGCAGCCAAUUCCACGGCAAGACUUGGGCUCUCGUUGAUCCAUCAGUGCGACGAUGAAGCUGUUCGCCUUUGGGCUUCUUCUGGUGAGCUCGGCAGUGUUUGCCCAGCCAGGUAACCGAAUCAUCGGUGGGUACCCUUGUGGAGAACACAACCGCCCCUACCAGGCGGCCCUUGUGUUUGGACGCAGAGGCAACUGGAACAUUUAUUGUGGAGGGAGCUUAGUGAAUCCCUGCUGGGUCCUCACUGCUGCCCACUGCAAAGUGAGACCGGGCAUGAAAGUGUGCCUAGGAAAGCAGAACUUGAAGAAGAUAGAAAAGACAGAGCAGUGCUUAGGUAUCGCCGAAGUUAAACCACAUCCCAAUUACACGAGACAGACCAACAACAAGGAUUUCAUGCUUAUGCGGCUUCGUCCCUGCGCCAAGCUCAAUGAUGCUGUGCAGACCAUUUCCAUGCCUUCCAGGUGCCCUCCAGAUAACACGCAAUGCACAGUGUCGGGCUGGGGUACCACAAGAUCUCCUCAAGCAAAGCUUCCAGAACUCCUACAGUGUGCAGAUGUCAAAACUGUUGCCCAACAGACAUGCAAUAGAGCAUAUCGUGGUGCCAUCACGCCCUUCAUGAUGUGCGCUGGAGUCCCAGAGGGAGGCAUAGACUCCUGUCAGGGUGACUCUGGGGGCCCACUGGUCUGUGACGGGAAGCUUGAAGGCGUGGUUUCUUGGGGGACCUAUGUAUGCGCACAGAAAGGGAAUCCAGGAGUCUAUAGCAAAGUCUGCUGUGUGGUGCCAUGGAUCAAAGACACAAUAAGCAAGCAGAGCAAAUGCUGACCCAAACCUACAAAGCCGGACUCUGGGGAGAAGGGACCUCAGCACCACCACGAGACCAGCCCUUUGCAUGGGUGUUCUCCUUGAUCUUACAAAAUUUGAGUGUGGGGUCAUCUUCCUAAACGUCUCAAGUCCAUGUUCUGCCAUUGUGACCAAUGUCCCGUAUUUGUCAAAAUCUCACCACACAUUGCCUAGUGCUGGUUCAAGUUACGUUGCUGCUUUAAGUGAAAGUUCAUUUUGCUGCUUCCACCUUCUUUGCAUUUUGUUAUAUGGGGCGGUGGAGAGAGAAAGGUAGAAAUAGUCUGCAUCAAAAAUACAGUAAGAGGAAAGGGCUGUAAUUGGGAAAAUUGCUGGGGAAUGGGUUACCCCCAUCCUCACCCGGCCUAGACCCUAUUGUCCCAAGGGUCAGGGGAAGGGGUAAUCAUGU